CUGUUUUCCAUGUUAGGUCUGAAGGGCCAAUGCAACCAUGGGUUCUAAGGGAGCAAGAACGACGAAUGCAGCAAAAAGAGCGGGAUUUUUAUGGAGAUGGCUAUUCCAACAUCUAUUACGAUGAUCUUGGAGAAAGUGGUUAUGUGUAUGAUUCUUACCAUGAAGAUACGAGCGGCUCGGAUGGUAGCCUGACAGAAGAGGUACACUCGAGUGAGAGCGCAAGUGAGGAAGGCUUGAGUGAAGACGAGGACGGCAUAAAUGAUGACGAAAACAGCGAAAUACUACCCUUAUCGGAGAAUGCACAUCCCUUAUAUUCUCAGUCUACGAUACCACUCCUCUCUAUUCCUGCUGUCACCACCAGCUUGCAGCAUACUGCUGCCAAACCCUCCCCAACCACAUCUUCCUCAGGACCAUCACUACAACCCGAAUCGGCUACCGAGGAACACGACAAUCGCAAUACAAUAGCAGCCUUGGAGGCUUCUCUAACUACCUCACGCACUGCUAUUGAACGUUUUUACCUUCCUCUCAAGCACCGCCCACAGGGCAAAUCCAAGACACUCGGCGUGAAGUCCAAUCAAUAUGCCAGCUUCUCUCGCCAUUCGUUCGAUGUCGAUCCACUUCUACUAAUACGACCCCCGCCACCAAUCACUGCUCUCGACGACCCCAGCUUUGGUCCGGCCCAACCCAACCCAAUUCGCGGCCCGGGACGAAUGGAGCAUGCGACGUUGAAGCAAGAUGGAGGCGAAAAUGCAAAGCGACUUUUCGAUAUGGUCGCUAGCAAACGAAGGCGGACCAGUACCAAUGUCGGUCAGUCUCUCGAGAGCCCACAGAAUGGCUCAAGGCUCCCGUCUGGGUUCUCCGCAUCUUCGAAAGCGCGUAACCCAUUUUCGGUGAAGAAUAAACCCCAAACAACAGGUAGCAUAAGCUCCCCGGCACCUUCGAGUGCCUCACGAUUUCAAGAGGAGAAACUUCUCAUCCCAGAAAGGCAG